GUUGCUGCGGUACUCAAGACUGUGACUUCUUCGAGAGGCACUCCUAGACCGAUCUCUUGCCACCGGUGUUGAUUUUGAGGGGAAAGCUGCAUGUUGAAGUUGUUGCAUAAAAAGCAAUUUUCUCCGCUGCAACAUCAGAUAUACAAAUAGCAGAUGUCUACCACUGAAGUUAUAUUCACCAAUUCGUGGGAGGAUCACAAUGGCAAUACCAACAAAGAUAAAGACACCAACAUAUCUGAAAAUUUAGCGGCAAUAGCCAGGAGGGAACUGAGGGAAGAAGAAAAUGUGAGGACUCAGUGUCUGGCUCAUCUCAGAGAAUGGAUAAAACAGAAUCCUGACAUUGAAAAUUGCAUUACAGAUGACGUUUUUCUGCUUCGGUUCUUGAGGGUAAAAAAGUUCAGCAUACCAAUGGCUCAACAGGUGCUCUUGAAGUACCUUAACUAUCGUAAGAAAUUCAAGCAUAUAAUGUAUGACCUGGACUAUAUGGAUUCAAAGGUACACCAACUUAUCACCAACGGGUAUAUAUUUGUAAGUCCUUUUCGAGACACUAAUGGCAGAAGGGUGAUAAUAUAUGAUCUAGGUAAAUUUGACUUAGAUAAAUUUAACGGUACAGAUAUGUCAAGAGCUCACGCUAUAACGUACGAAACGUUGAUGGAAGACGAAGAGAAUCAAAUUUUAGGUGUUAAUCACGUAGCAGACUUAGGAGCCGUUGGUCCAUCUUUCGUUACACUGUUUUCUGUGACCGAAUUCGCUUAUUUAAUACGAUGGGGCGAGCAAUCCUUCCCAAUGAGACACAAGGAAAUAAAUUUGUUCAACCUACCGGCUCCAAUAAAGUACAUUUAUGAUUUCGCCAAGUCUAAUUUGAGUCAGAAGCUUAAAGAAAGAUUCGCUGUUCACGAUUGCACGGAUCAACUGCUAACCAAGAUUCCCAAGAGAUGCCUGCCCUUGGAGCUGGGUGGUGAAAUCCCUUCCAAGGAAAUGGUGGAUAUGUGGAAAGAAGAGUUGUCUGCCAAAAGAGACAGACUGCUCGGUUUCGACGCUAUGAAUCUCCUCAGCGACAAAGGCAUCAUCAGGAGCAAAAAUACCCCUUCCCAAGACGAUACAGGGAGUGGCAGCUUACCCGGGAGCUUCAGGAAGCUGGAGUUGGACUAGGGAUCAUUUAGAAAUGAUUAUUUGUACAAAAUUUGAGUUUAUUCGUAUUAUUUUUUAUUUUAUAAAUUAGCUAUUACUGAUUAUUGGAUUUAUUAGUCGUAUAAUUCUACGUUACUUGUGUUACUAGGCGAAGUAAAAGUUCUUUUUCUCUGUACAUUGUUAAAAUACGUAAAAAGUUGUGUUUUUAAGUAGUAUUAGUUAAAAUAAUUGAUAGGUUUGGUUAAAAGUAUUCUUUACUAGUAGCAGAAUUAAAUAUGUUUAGAUAUUUGUGUAGGACCAAAUAAUUUAGUUUGAACCUAUUUUGAACUAUUUAGGAACAGGAUUUAGCAUAGUUUUAAGAUUUCUUUUGUUUUCAUUUUAUUUCCUUUGUAUUUUUAAAUACUGGAAUACCACUGACGUCAUCACAAUGAUUAGAAAUAAUUUGUUGCAAUGUAUAUAUCUAUACAAAAGUUUUUGUCUCAUUUUUAUUGAAUAUCGUAUUUAAGGAUAAGAUUGCAGAUUUAAUUAUACGUAAGAAAUAUGAAUAAUUUCGAUGUAAUUUUAAAAUGGGUCAAUAUUAAAAAUAUGUGAUAUUGUAAAUAUGAUAAACAAAUAUUCAAACAAUUAAAAUUCAGGUUUCAUUAAAUUUAUUUGACCAAAGUUAAUGGAUUUCUAUAGUCUUCAAAAUUAUUAGUCCUUAUUAGUUCCUAAUAAGUAAAUAUAAUUGAAAACUGAAGUCAAGGGGUUAAUUCAAGGGAUAUAUCAUAGUCCUAAAUAGUUUCC